AUGAAGAAAGUUUUCAAGUACCUCCAGAACCAAGCACUGGAAGCUUCACAGCAAAAAUACUCCGGGUCGUCAUACCUGUCCCCGACCACGAAAGAGCCUCAACAGCACGGCGGCCACCAUAGCCCUUCUCCCUACAGAGACCAGCACAACUUACAUCAUCAAUCGCGAUCGGCGCAUCCUAGCUCGGCAGCACACAGCUUUCCAGCAUACAGCGCCACGGGCACUUCCCUCCCGAAGGCCAACGGGCAGCGGGAGAUGUCUCCCCCACAGAUCCCGGACAAGAUCCUCCGGGGUAUCACCCGGCACCAGUAUGCUCAAGACAACAUCCUUCAAUCAUAUGAGCUGUAUAUCCCCGAGCUUGACCACAGACACCAAGCCGAUGCGAAUGCGAACAAGUACUGGGUGAUCUAUGUUCACGGAGGCUAUUUUCGGGACCCGUACGUGUCCUCUUCGUCUUUUUAUCCUGCCCUUGGGAUCCUUGCAUCGGAGCACCAUCGGCGCCACAUCUUCAAGAACAACGGACCUCCGGUGCACCCAGGCGACAUCACACCGUACAUCGCCGGCUACGCAACGGUCAACUACAGGCUCUCUCCCCAUCCCGGGAAAGCACCUCAGGACCCGGACACGACACCGGCAUAUGAGCUGCGCAACGCCAAAUGGCCCGAACACAUCUACGACGUGCUGGCCGCCAUCGCGCAUCUACAGAACAAAUACGGUUUCGGGGAGAGAUAUCUGCUGGUCGGCCAUAGCGUCGGCGCGACGAUGGGUCUGCUGAGCGUGCUCGCUGCGGAGAAGGCGCCGUUCUCCACGGUAAGCGGCCUUGACAUGCCCACGAUUGAGCCGCCCAUGGCGAUCCUAGGCGUUUCGGGCAUUUAUGAUUUCCCGCUUAUCCACGAGUCGGUCCCCGACUAUGUGGGGUUGACGAGGAACGCGAUACAUAAUGAGGCGGACGUCGCGCUGGCGAGUCCAGCCAAAUACACCGCAAAGGACUAUGUUGGUUCCUGGACCGGGGGAGGGAAGAAGAAGAGGGCGCUCGUAAUUGCGCACUCGAGAGAUGACGGCUGGGUCGACUGGAAGCAGCCCGAGGCGAUGGAGAAUGUACUGAAAAGUGAGUCGGCCAUCGACGUGAGGGUGAGCGAGAUGCAGGGACAGCAUAAUGACAUCUGGGAGAAGGGGACGGAGCUGGCAAGGGUUGUGGUGGAGGCUGUCGGUGUGAUGAGAGGAUUGGAAUCCUGA